AUGGCUUCCGAUCGUAUAGCCAAUCUUAUCGAGGACGAGGCGUUAGUCCAGGCACUUGAUGAUCGCGCCCCAGAGUAUGCGGUGCUCGUGCAGUCAAGUACUGCCACUGCACUCCGCAAUUCAGAAACCGCGGACCUUCUGGAGGUCACAGUUUGGGAUACAUCUGUUGAGGAGCGAAAGAGAGUUUAUUCUGAACGACCGCCUUUCAAUACCGAUUGGGCAGCGUUGUUCUACAAAUAUCUACGAGAAAGGAGUGUGGGCCAAAACCGGGAACUAGAGACAGGCAUUGAUACUGUGAUAAAGAACGCUGUUCUCGAUGCGUCUAAAGCAUUUUAUACUUCCGAGGAGACAAUUGCUAUACUAUCAGGAGAGUUAGUGAAGCAGGUUGAUAUGAACGAGAAGGUCCGGAAAGCCAUAUACGAUGAGUUGCAGUCCACGCGGAAAUUAGCCAUAAGGGAGUCGAGGGAUGCAGUCGCUGCACAUACGCAUGUUAUCCUUGCUGACAGGAUGCACGACGUCAUGGCUCAGUCACUCAAUCACGCCGUACUAAAUACCACAGUUGGCAGUGUCGUUGGACACAUGGUGCUCUCUGCAAUGGCGCUUCCCGCAGUCAAGGUCGCCGUCACCCAUUCGAUUAUCGUUGCUGUUCAUAGCGCGGCUGUGCAGCACAUGCUGGUAUUGGUAGGGAAGAAAAUAGGUGUCACAGUUCUCCUUGCACUCAUUUUCGGCCAUGCGGCAGCGUCUUUGGCCGGCUGGUUUGUGCUUCCAGUCAUUGCGGCUUUCGUCACGUACCAAUAUCAAAGAUUACCAGACACUUUAGCAAAGAAGAUACCGCCCGAACUAGCGGAGCAGAUUAAGCAAAACGCACCUACAAUCAAUAGGCCUAUCGCCGAAGCUGUAAAGACAGCUGCAAUGGAGGCGUUCUUUUCACUUUCGGAUGAGUCAAUUUCCAUGCUCCAUGAUGCUGCUAUGAGACCACAGGCAUGCAACUAUUAA